AUGUGGGCUGUACCCAGCAAUCAUUGUUCCAUUUCAGCUCUAACCUCAAAGAGUACCAUUGUGAGGUCAUUGACCUUCCAACUUACACUUCCUGUCCUUACAGGGAAUGCUUUUGCUGUUGGUUGGAGAGUACUUGGAUUUCUGGGCUCGUGAGCCACAGCAUAUGGUUCUUCAUGAAUUGUUGAGUCUGAACAUAGUUUCAUGGUACAGGCUCUUCUGGAGCACAUGCUGGCCUCACCAUCACUAUAUAGCCAAAGUUGGCUUGAAUGUUGCUCAUCAUGCUGCCACUUUCAAAAAUUUUAUAAUUAGUAUGGGCUCAUCUUUAUGAGAUUCUAUUGAUUUUCCCCUUUAAAAAAUGUGUGUAAGACCCUCGGAUCCCGGCCCGCAGCAGCUCUCUGCUCCCAAACCCCGUGGGAGAGAGACCUCACUGCCUGAUCAGGUGGGCACCUGUGAGGCUGCAGAGCAGAGGAGACCACCAACACUGCCCACCCCUGCCCACAUCCUGAAAGACCCCAGCUUAGCAGCAGUAACGCCAUUUUGCAAGGCUGUACUUAAGAUGACUGGUUCAGAGAAAGGUUAGAACACUGAGUACACAGCGGCUGCCAAGCAGGAUGUGUUUGGUUGAAGGCCUGGCAACAGGACGACUGCGUUUGAGCACCUGACAAUGAGAAAAGCCCCAGGAGAGGUCCCACACCCUGUUUAUGUUCCAAGAAGGUAGCUAGGAAACUUGCCCCCGGGCUGAACCCUUGGGGGGCCAAGUCAGUCGCUAUGUUUAAGGAAGGUAGCUAGGAAACUUGUCCCGGGGCUGAACCCUUGCCACAUUAGAAUCCACCAAUUAUAUCCCUGUAACCAUGCAUCUGCUUCUGUAUGCUUGCUUCUUCUCCCUAAAAUCCUAUAAAAAGCCCAUCCUUGGUUCCGUGGGGCGCGCCAGUCCCCCGAGUGACUGAAGCGCCCGCAGGUGCCUGUUCCUGUGUAUCCCGACAAUAAACCAAAUCCUCUUGCUGAUUGCAUCCUGUGGUGUCUCGGUCUGGUCAUUAAAGUUGGAGUGUCUCCAUCCCGAGGGAAAGUUCUCCCUGAGAGCUUUUCAUUUGGUGCGUUGGCCGGGAAAGGAGAUCCUCCACCCAGGGACCACCGACCACCCACUGGGACGUAAGCCGGCCGGCGUCUGUCUGAUUCUGUCUCGUUCUGCCUUAUUCUGUCUGUUCUGUGAGCGCUCAGCCAGGUCUGUUCUGUGAGCGCUCAGCCAGGUUGUUUGGAAUUUGGGCGGGACGAAGAAGGAGCUGACGAGCUCGGACUUCUCGCCCCGCAGCCCUGGAAGACGUUCCAAGGGUGUUAGGGGCCCGACUUUUCAGGGCUCAAUCUGGGACUCUGGUUAGAGGAGGAGGAUCCGGACUUACGGCACCUCUGUCUGUAUUUUUGGCUUUCAGAGGGCCCUGGACCUUUGCCACCUCCAUCUGAUUUUUUGCUUUCAGUUUGGUACCAAAGCCAUGCAGCACGCCUGUCUGUUGUUUGUUUGACUGUUGGUGUUGUUUGUUUUCUCUGUGUCCUAAUCUUCCUUAGAACUAACAUGGGACAGUCUCUACCUUUGUGAAAUCAGAGCCUUCUAAGAAACCUGUCCUCCCGGCAGACCCAAACUCCCCUCUCAUAGAUCUUCUCUCUGACAGGCCCGGCUAAAACGGAGGAGGCAGAGCUGCCGGCCAGAUCAGUUGCCGGGCCACAGUCUGAUAAGGGUUUCUCCCCUUUUGCAGGGAGAUUGCGCAAUAAGCGCGAGGUGAUGCCAGAUUCAACCUCCCAGGCUUUCCCACUUAGACAGGGAACCGGUGGCCAGACCCAAUACUGGCCGUUUUCAGCAGUUGACAUUUCUCCAAAGAUCCGGUGGCACUCACCGACCUAAUAGAAUCUGUUUUACUUACCCACCAGCCUACUUGGGAUGACUGCCAACAGCUCUUACAGGCCCUCUUAACCUCAGAAAAAAAGAAAAAAAAAAAACAAAGAGUGUUCCUAGAGGCCAAAAAGCAUGUUCUGGGAGAUGAUGGGCGUCCCACCCAGCUGCCUGAGGAAAUUGAUGCUACAUUCCCACUUAAGAGACCAAACUGGGAUUUUAAUACAGCUGAAGGUAAGGGACACCUACGCCUUUAUCGCCAGUUGCUUCUAGUGGGUCUCUGAGGGUCUAUACGACGCCCUACUAAUUUGGCUCAGGUAAAACAGGUAUUACAGGAAGACUAAGUUACAGAGGUUAAAAAAUUUACAGGGCUAUACAUUACAGGAUUUACUUAAAGAAGCUAAAAGAAAAAGAAGAUAGAGUUCACAGAGAGAGGGAAGAGAGAGAAUUGAGUCAAAUCUUGGCCGUCGUAGUUCAGGGCCAAGAAAAGAAGGGAGAUAGGGGGGAGCUCGAAAGGGGCUGAAGCUGGAUAAAGAUCAAUGUGCCUAUUACAAAGAGAAAGGGCACUGGGCCAGAGAGUGCCCCAAGAAGCCUGGCGGACCCCGAAAGCCUCGACCACGAACCUCCCUCUUGGCUCUAGAUAAAGAUUAGGGAGGUCAGGGCCAGGAGCCCCCCCCCCUGAGCCCAGGGUAACGCUUAAAGUUGGGGGGCAGCCGGUUACUUUCCUGGUAGACACAGGAGCCCAGCAUUCAGUCCUCACCCAAGCUUCAGGACAACUCAGCGACCGGACGGCCUGGGUACAAGGAGCUACUGGUGAGAAACAAUACCGAUGGACUACGGACCGCCGGGUUCAGCUGGCUACCGGUAAGGUGACCCAUUCCUUCUUACAUGUUCCGGACUGCCCGUACCCUCUGCUGGGCCGUGACCUGCUCACCAAACUAAAAGCACAAAUUCAUUUUGAGGAAGGAGGGGCCCAAAUAACUGGCUCCCACGGAACUCCCCUUCAAGUUCUAACCCUACAAUUAGAGGACAGGACAAGCCACAAUCCCUAGAAAUAGACACUUGGGUCACGAAUUUUCCACUGGCUUGGGCAGAGACUGGUGGGAUGGGGUUGGCGCUCCAACAGCCCCCCUUAAUUAUACAACUCCAGUCUCCAUAAAACAAUACCCCCUGUCACAUGAAGCUUAUCAAGGUAUAAGGCCUCACUUUAUGAGGCUUCUGGAUCAAGGCAUCCUAGUCCCCUGCCGGUCGCCUUGGAAUACGCCUCUUCUGCCUGUUAAAAAAACCCGGCACUGGAGAUUAUAGGCCAAUACAAGACUUGAGAGAGGUCAACAAGAGGAUAGAAGAUAUUCAUCCGACUGUUCCAAACCCUUACAAUUUGUUCAGUAACUGUUCAUCGAUGAGAAACAGGGGUAUGCUAAAAAGGUCCUAACACAAAGGUUGGGACCCUGGAAACGCCCUGUGGCCUACCUGUCUAAGAAAUUGGACCCUGUGGCCUCCGGCUGGCCACCGUGCCUAAAGAUGGUGGCUGCUAUUGCUGUCCUGAUCAAGGACACUGGAAAAUUGACUUUGGGACAGCCACUCACCAUCCUAACACCCCACGCAGUGGAGGCCUUGGUAAAGCAGCCCCCAGACCGCUGGCUCUCUGAUUCCCACAUGACCCACUACCAAGCCUUGUUAACCAGGCCGGACCUAUCGGACCAGCCUCUUCAGAAUGCUGACCACACAUGGUACACGGAUGACAGCAGCUUCUUGGCAGAGGGAGAGCGAAAGGCUGGAGCUGCGGUCACUACGGAGGACAAAGUGAUUUGGGCGAAAGCCCUGCCUGCUGGUACCUCCGCACAACGGGCUAAACUCAUCGCCUUGACUCAGGCGCUCAAGAUGGCAAAAGGUAAGAGGCUAAAUAUAUAUACAGACAGCCGUUAUGCCUUUGCCACGGCACACAUCCACGGGGAGAUCUACCGGAGGCAGGGGCUGCUCACAUCUGAGGAUAAAGAUAUUAAAAAUAAGGCUGAAAUUCUGGCCCUCUUAGAAGCCCUAUUCUUGCCCAAAAGACUGAGUAUUAUACAUUGUCCAGGACACCAGAAAGGGCACAACCCAGAGGCACGAGGAAACCGGCUGGCCGAUGCCAUGGCGCGAGAAGCGGCCAUGAGCAAACUAAUCUUGCCCUUAAAUAGCCCAGACCAACCCACGCCCCCACCAGUGGGACAAACCAGUUGGGUUUAUGCCCAUGAGGACAUAGAGCUCCUAAAAAAAAUGGGGGCCAUCUACCACCCUCAACUAAAACAGUGGUUCUACAAAGGAAAGACAGUUAUGCCAAUAAAAAUGACUUUUGAAUUGAUCUCCUUUUUACAUAAAUUAACCCAUUUGGGGUUUAAGAAGAUGAAAACCUUACUAGAUCGAGAAGAGAUAAAUCUGUGUUUUUUAAAUCGGGACAAAGCGAUACAAAAGGUGACUGAGAGUUACAAAGCGUGCGCUCAGGUUAACACGAAAAGGACCAUGAUUGGACAAGGAGUUCGUCCUAAGGGACACCGUCCCGACAUCCAUUGAGAAAUUGAUUUUACUGAAAUUAAACCAGGUAUAUAUGGAUAUAAGUAUCUCCUAGUGUUUGUAGACACCUUCUCAGGAUGGGUCGAAGCCUUCCCCACAAAGCACGAGACUGCAAAAAUGGUCACCAAGAAGCUCCUCGAGGAAAUCUUUCCCAGGUAUGGCAUGCCUCAAGCGUUGGGGUCGGACAACGGGCCCGCUUUCGUCUCCCAAGUAAGUCAGUUGGUUGGCCAAAUUGCUGGAGAUUGAUUAGAAAUUACAUUGUGCCUAUAGACCCCAGAGUUCAGGUCAGGUAGAAUGCAUGAAUAGAACAAUUAAGGAGACUUUAUCCAAACUUACGCUUGCAACUGGUUCAAAGGAUUGGGUGGCCCUCCUUCCCCUAGUUCUAUAUUGGGCCCGGAAUACCCCAGGCCCCCAUGAUCUAGCACCUUUUAAAAUAAUGUAUAGAGCACCACCCCCAUUUGUCCAUUUCUUUGAUUCAAACAUUGCUGAUUUUGCUGACAGCCCUUCUCUGAGGGCCCAUUUACAGGCCCUACAGAUUGUGCAGAGAGACGUCUGGAGAUCUUUGGCCGCUGCUUACCAGGACAAGCUUGAGCAUCCAGUGGUGCCACACCCGUUCCAGAUUGGAGACACCGUGUGGGUGCGCAGACACCAGACCAAAAAUCUCGAGCCACAGUGGAAAGGACCCUACACCGUCCUCCUGACUACCCCUACAAGCCCCUUCUCCACAACGGGGGGCUCCACCAUUUUGAUCUCCCCGUCGCCAGGCACCGGGGAUCGAUUAUUCAAUUUGGUGGCUGGUGCAUAUCUGGCUCUCAACUAUUCAGACCCUUUUAGGAAAAUAGUAAGAGAUAAUAUGGCUAAGCUUCGAGAACGCCUGGCACAAAGACAAAAACUGUUUGAUUCCCAACAGGGAUGGUUAGAGGGGUGGUUUAACCGAUCCCCUUGGUUUGGUACCCGCAGGUGCCUGUGCCUGUGUAUCCCGACAAUAAACCAAAUCCUCUUGCUGAUUGCAUCCUGUGGUGUCUCAGUCUGGUCAUUAAAGUUGGAGGGUCUCCAUUCCGAGGGAA